AUGGCAUCACCAUUCCACUGGCUCGACGUGUUCGGGCGCAGAGAAAAUAUUUACAAUGAUGAUGAAGCCUUAAAUGUGUUCGAAAGAUUCCCACCCGGGGCCAAUGAGCAGCCUACCCCACAUACAUUCAUAUACGGUGACCUUGAGACCUGCGCUGUUUAUCUCCCUGGGAGGAGAGAGGCCGCUGAAUCGCAUGGCAAUUUCCCAUCUGGCUCGGUAGUUUAUCUCGAGGUAACAUCAAGGCCACUCAUCGAAUCAUGUUGGUGGAAGGAGUUCCAGUCAGAGAAGCCUCGUAUCUUGCGAGCCAUUUUCAGCUGUGUUUCUCAUUUAGAGACGGGUGCUAAGGAUGUAGAUCCUAACGAUAUUGGGGACCAGACAUUCGCCGUUUGCCACGGGACAUCCAUCUUUGUCCCCGAGAGCUUACUUAAAGAUCCCUUGGAAUCAAGCUCGGAGAUUCCCGUAGAGCGCAUGGCUGGCAACGUUGGCAAGCCGGGUUUGUCUUUCUUGAUUUCAUCCCCUGGCCCGAAGAUCAGGAAAGUGAAUCACUCAACUUGGCACAUGAUUUCUCACGAGCCCUUCGACGGAGUGGCCCAAGACAGCUUUCGGGAGACUACCUUCCACCUCUCAUUCACCGGGUACGAACAUGCGAUCCAUUUAGGGAACUGCGGUGGUCGUGAUGUGCCUGCAUCCUUCUUAGAAACGGCCGUCUCGGUUUACGACCGAAGGGAAUGGGUCCAUGAUCUCGAUAUCUUAGGGUCGUCAACACAAUGGAUCAAACUUCCAGAUCCCCAGCGCGAGCAUUCGGACGAACAAAAGACAAACCAAAUUUUCAUAAGACGCUUGGUUUCUGUGGACCCCUGGAUGGAACUACUUGAUCCUCCACUUAAAGCCUCCAUGGUACGCGCACAUGGGAACCUAGUUGCCAGGCUUCCGGUAGCUGGGCUCGCUGUUCGUCAAUCCGAUCGGGUCUUUAUCCUUAAUUCGAGUCCUUGUUGGGAAUGUCAAUUGAAGGCAAUAUCACGUUACGGGCCUAAACGUCCCAAGUCCCGUAUUCCCCUAUCACCCUAGUCACCCCGAGCUAGCCAGUCUGAGGAUGAACAAUAUGGAGAUGAUUUUUGGGAUGUUGAAGAGGAAGAUACAUAUGCUUUUAAUAUACGAAGUUUGGAAGAGGAUGAACUGAUCCUCCGGUGGAAGCGGAAGAAGU